AUGCUGGUUUACAAAAGGUUGCAAAACUUGGAGCUUGUGGGAUAUGCAGAUUCUGACUUUGCUGGCAGCAUUGACAAUAGAAAAUCAACGAGUGGAAAUGUAUUUCUUCUUACAGGAGUUGCAGUGUUGUGGAAAAGUGUUAACCAAAAGGCACUCGCAACCUCGACAAUGGAGGCUGAAUUCAUAGCCUUGUUUGAAGCCACGAAGAAAUGGAUGUGGUUGAAAAAUCUCAUCACAUUCAUGAGAUUGGUUGACACCAUUUCGAGGCCAUUAAACAUAAUCUGUGACAACAAAGCAAAUGUGUUCUUUUCGAAGAACAACAAGAAAUUAGAAGCAACUCGUUCAAUGGACGUCAAGUAUCUAUCAGUGAAAGACCAUGUGAAGAAAUGA